GGCCAGAUUUCAUAUGUCGACCCCUUCACUCCAUGUCCGCUUGUCAUCUCCGCAAUGCGAAAGAUCAAUUGAAUCCCGAGGAUGUCAUGGUGGAGAGACUCGAAAGCAGAGUUUGAUACUUGGGAAAGGGUCAUUCCGAGGAAUCUAAGAAUAACUCCGGUCGAUGUCAUUGCUGGUCGCCAUUCCGCCUUUUUUCUUAUUUUUAUCUGCCCGGUGCGGUGACUCGGACACCUGGCCCGUUUAUUUGGACUUUCGCCCCGUCGUCAUCCGCCUAUCUCUCCGUCGUCUGCAAUCACUUGUCAAUGCACUGGCUGCGCUGCUUAGGUGUUCUGGACCUCAUGCUCAUUCAUAUCCUUCCCACAGGCCUCUCCUGAUUGCCUCCAAGCGCCAAUCUUUCGUUCCGCUUCACGCCGUCCGUUCCGUCCGUCGCGGUCCCCAAAUCAAUUGAAUAAUGGCGUCCUACUACGAGGCCCAGGGCUGGCAAGCCCCUCCUACGCGCCAGGCCUCCUGGGAACAGCCGGCUCCCCCGUCGCGGUCAGGUAUGGAUCAAGCUCCGUCU